CUCCGAGUUGCGUUGACUCUGCAACAAAACUACAAGUAGAAGGAGGAGGAGGAGGAGGAGCUGGGGGUUUGAAAGUGGCGGGCGGUAACAACAUUCAGCUCACACGGGCAAAGGACAAUACUUCAUCAAGUUAUCCGUGACCAGUAACAUUCAAGAGUGUUUUCUUUUAAUGCUGACCAUUAUCAACCAGGACCACUUGAUGCAGUUGUUGUGACAUCUAAACUUUGGCACUGGAGGAGACGCGAAGGUAUAUAGUUUUGCAUCAUGACAAAUGAGGAUGAUAAGGUCAUCCCAGUGCGGGUCGCCUUGCGAUGCCGCCCAUUGGUACCUAAAGAACAUAACGAGGGCUGUCAGUGCUGUCUCACUUUUGUGCCUGGAGAGCCGCAGCUGAUCGUUGGCACAGAGAAGGCGUUCACCUAUGAUUAUGUAUUCGAUCCCACUGCUGAACAAGAAGAGGUCUUCCAUACAACUGUGUCCCCCUUGCUGAGUGGGCUUUUCAAAGGCUACCAUGCCACAGUUCUUGCAUACGGACAGACGGGAUCAGGGAAGACCUUUUCCAUGGGAGGUACAUACACAUCAGCUCAAGAAAAUGAUCCUUCAGUCGGAGUUAUUCCACGAGUUAUCAGAAUGAUCUUUGAGGAAAGGGAGAAGAGGCCAGCCUGUGAAUUCUGCCUGGCAGUAUCUUACCUGGAGAUCUAUAAUGAAGACAUAUUGGACUUGCUCUGUGCAUCUAAAGAUAAAUCUAGCCUCAGCAUCAGGGAAGACCCUAAAGAAGGCAUUAAGAUCGUGGGUUUAACUGAGAAGAAGGUGUUCACUGCCCAAGAGAUGGUGGGUUGUCUGGAGAUCGGAAAUUCUGUUCGCACCGUGGGCUCGACAGCGAUGAACGCUGCUUCCUCACGCUCGCAUGCUAUCUUCACCAUCACACUGGAGCAGCGCAGAGGGAAAGACAAAGCUGACUCCGUUGUUUCAAAAUUGCACCUUGUGGAUCUGGCUGGUUCAGAAAGGCAAAAGAAAACCAAAGCAGAGGGAGAUCGUUUAAAGGAAGGCAUCAGCAUCAAUCGUGGCCUUUUGUCUUUGGGUAAUGUGAUCAGUGCCUUGGGGGAUGAAAGCAAGAAAAAUAGCUUUGUUCCUUACAGAGACUCCAAGCUCACCCGCCUGCUACAAAACUCUUUGGGCGGCAAUAGCCACACUUUGAUGAUUGCGUGCAUCAGUCCUGCAGACUCAAACAUGGAGGAGACCAUCAACACACUGCGAUACGCUGACAGAGCUCGCAAGAUUAAAAACAAACCUGUGGUCAACGUUGAUCCAAGAGCUGCAGAAAUGAACCGCCUUAAACAACAGGUUCAGGAGUUGCAGGUGAUGCUACUUCAUGCCCGUGGAGGAGUUGCUCCAGUGCUCUCUGGGCCAGAGUCAACGGAGAAGGUGACUAAGCUGUUGGACAGGAAUCGCGCCCUGCAGGAUGAGAACAAUAAACUAAGCAAGGAGCUGAGUGAAGCAGCGGGACAGACUGCCUUCAUGUUUGAGAAGAUCAUUAUGACGGAGCAUGCAAAUGAGAAACUACAAAGCAGAUUGGAGCAACUGAAGGACCAUGCAGCAUGUACAGUGGAUCUCGAGAAGGUGUUGGAGACACUGGAGGACCAGGAGUUGAAGGAGAACGUCGAGGUGAUGAGGAACCUGCAAGACAUCAUCUUGGAGCUCAAGAAUGAGAGUGCAGGCAUCGCCGCUUCCAUCGAUGCUAUGACUGAAGGAGAGGAUGGACCUGAGGUCUCUGGGAAUGGCAGUAACAAUGAUGAAUCCCCAUCAGAUGUCACUGGAAUUGUUGGCAAGGACUCCCCAGAGGGCUUUACAACCCAUCAUGCACUGCGGCAGGCCCAGCUCUCCAAGGAACUGAUCGAGCUGAACAAAGUGUUGAGCUUGAAGGAAGCUUUUGUGAAGAAAAUGUGCCAGAAUGACACCCAGUUGGAGCCGAUGCAAUCUGAGCACCAGAAAAAUGUACAGUCUCUACAGACUGCAGUGGAUUCUCUGCUAAAGGAGAAAGAAGAUCUUGUUUUGGCACUUCAGUCUGCAAAGAAAGACACUAACCAGGCUAAGCUUAGCGAGCAGCGGAGGAAGAGACUGCAGGAGCUCGAGGGCCAGCUGGUUGACAUGAAGAAGAAGCUUCUUGAGCAGUCCAAAAUGCUGAAACUCAAAGAGACCUCUGUUAAGAAAGUUGGCAACCUCAUGCAGGAGAUACAGGCUAUGAAGAACCAGCGAACACAGCUGAUGAGGCAGAUGAGGGAGGACUCUGACAAAUUCAGACACUGGAAGAGUCAGAAGGACAGGGAGGUGCUGCAGCUGAAGGAGAAGGAUCGUAAACGCCAGUAUGAGUUGCUUAAACUUGAGAGGGAUUUCCAGAAACAAGCCAAUGUUUUGCGUCGUAAAACUGAGGAGGCUGCAGCUGCAAACAAGCGGUUGAAAGAUGCGCUACAGAAGAGGAGUGAUGCAUCAGAUAAACGCAACAGAGGAACGGAGGGAGCUGCUGCAAGACUCAAGACUUGGCUUCUCAAUGAAGUGGAGGUGAUGGUAAGCACAGACGAGGCCCGGCGCCACCUCAAUGAUCUGCUGGACGACAGGAAGGUCUUGGCUCAGGAGAUCAACCACCUCAAACAGCAGAUCGAGGCAGGGGACCGACCUGCUGCCAAAAUCAGGCGUCGGACACUGAUCAUCUCUGAGCUGGAGACCCAGGGGGCGCUGGAAACGCCUCUGACCAAACAGGUAGAGAACCUGGAGACGGAGAUGGGCCUCAGGAAUGCCCAGAUAGCUGACCUUCAGCAGAAAGUUCUUGUCGCUGACAGCGAGGGGCGUUUGAAACAUCGCCUCGAUAGCGUCACAAGCAUUGUCGAUGCCAAGUAUGCCCUCAAGGUCCUCAUGUCUGAGCUGGUUUCUGCUAAAACAGCCAGUGGCAAGCUGGAGAGUGAGCUCAAACAGGAGACGGGGAAUGCACAAGAUUUAAGGAAGAUGCUGGCUGAGGAGAGAAACGUGAUGUCCACCAUGGACAUGGAGCACCAGCAGCAGUUGGUGGAACUAGAGCAGGGGCAUCAGGAGAAGGUCCUUUACCUCCUUAACCAGCUACGGAGCAAGGCCAUAUGUGAAGAGUCAGUUGAGAAGAAGCAGAAGGAUGAGGAGAUUUCAAAGGGGAAGGAACUUCUUCAGCGCCUCAAAGUUCAGGAAGAAGAGCUUGAAAAGCUCCAAGAAUUAAGGGAGCAGAACCAAACACUGGUGGAGCAGAAUGAGCAAUAUAAAGAGAAACUCUCAAUGCUCCACCUGACAAGUGGAAAGAAAAUCCUUGCACCCACGUCCAACAAUGAAAACGGCCCAGAUGACUCGUUUGAAUACAUUCCUCCAAAGCCUAAAGGGAAGCGCUUCACCACAGCCAAAGCCCCGCAGAGUACGGCCAUCAACAUUGAAGAGCUGAUGUCUCCCAGUGAGGACGAGAAUGGGGAAGUGGACGAGUGGCGUCCUGAGAAACCUGAGAAGGGACGCAGAAUCUCCAAGAAACCUAAAGCAACUGGGUGUGCGUGUAAAGGUCGCUGCGGCAACAAGCAGUGCAGGUGCCGCAAAGGAAAGAUGACGUGCGGGGAGAACUGCCAGUGUGAUCACGAGAAAUGUCGAAAUAUGGAUAACCAGGAUGCAAAUCAGGCGGAAAGUGUCUCCAGGGAAUCGGUGUCUCUUCAAGAUCCCCCAUCCGACAGCCCUGACAACACCACAUUCUUCAAGCCGCCGUCUUGUACACCCACUAAGAAGGUGCUGAAAGAAAUCGGAGACAUGGGGCAUGCCACUGCUGACCUGAAGUUGGUCAGGAAACCUCUCUUGCUAGAAGAAGAGGAAGAGGACGAGGAUGACGACGACGAGAAGGACAGAACAACAGUCAGCUUCCUCAAGAAGAAGAAAAGACUCCUGACGAGUUUUCAGAACAGUUUUUUCUCCGGAUGCACUCCAAUCAGAGAGGAAUCUUAAUCAGGACAGAGCCGGGUCCGGCCUUCUACCGUAGGUGUCCGUAUGUGUGUUUAAAUGUUUUGUGAUCUCAGUCUGUUUUUUUUAUAUGUGACUAAACUGUCUUGUACUGUAGCAUGAAAGUAGCUGUUGAUUCUGAGACACUUUGUUUUCUGUAGAGGGUAACAAAAGGACUGUGAAUAGCAAUCGAUUAUUUUACUGGAAUUCACAAUGAGAUGAUCAAGAAGCCUGUACAUAAUAUUUUAGUUUAACGCGUUAGAUGAUAUUUCCUAUAAAGUAAGACUAAAUUUCCUUUGCUUAUUUGUAAAAUCAGUCGUCCACCAAUCUACAGUCAAGCAGUUUUACACAAGUACUAUUCAACACAUCAUUUCAACACCACGUCUUGGGGAGAAACCUUUUAGGUUUGUUCACUGCGCUUUUACUAUCAGAGCUGAAUAAAGUCUUACAGUCAAAUCUUGUUUUUAAAGAACUAACUUUUUUUGUUUGAAUGUGUACUAGUGUUUAAUACAUCUGUGUCAUAAGUUGAUAGAAAAUAAUUUAUUUCAUUCUUUAGUUGGUAAUGAUUAAUGUUUUACUUUGCUGUUUCUUAGCGGCAGUUGAUUAUAUUAGAAAACUUUUUGCAAUAAAUUAAAGAAAAUAAAAUCUUAAACUAAAACACUGCAUUACUAUAAUGCUCAUCUCAAUUUGUACUUUUAGCACGGGCUUAUUUUACCCUGUACUGAGUAGUUUAGAACUACAUGCACACUUUUUUUUUUCCUACAAAUCCCCCAAAUGCUUAAAAGAAUAAAAUAAACUGAAAAAUAGUGAAUCACAUUUCUUGUAUGAUGCCGUUUUCCUUGUUUUGCUGCUUAUUCACUCCAUUUUCUUCUUCUUUCCAUCCAUUUCUACAAAAGCUGAAAAGCCUGAGGUGUUUGAAAUAAUUUAGAUCUUGUGACCAAAUUCACUACACUGGAUCUUAUUAGCUUUUUCUGUUGUGACAUUUUAUUGUCACAUAUUUUAUGUGUCUAUAACAAAAGCUUCACAGUUCAUUUCAAAUGUUUUCUGGGAGAUUUUCAACAGGCAAACUUAUGAG